AUGGCGUGUCCCAUCACCGUCUCGAAGUUCGUUGGCACAGUGUCCCUGGGACUGCUCACGGGCAUGUCAUACUCCGCUUCCUGUGUCGCCAUCCCCUCCCUGAGUCUUCUUCCCACUGCUACCACCGCGUCCCGGUCCCUCAACGAGGUGAAGCGGUUGAACCGUAAGCAUGGUCUGCGGCUGACCAACAUCGCCAACGGAUGUCUCCUGUUCGCGUAUAGCCUCUCUUCUAAACAGCGCAAGCACCCUUAUCUGAUCUGGAUGUGCGUUACCUCGACCGUUGGCUCUUAUGUUUUCGACUAUUGGUUCCACGGCCAGGAUGGCUUCGUAGCUUGGGUCCAGUCUGUUCUGCAGGACACCGGAUGCGGCUGCCUGACCGUCCAGAAGCAGAAGAAGGAUGAGGACAUCGUGGUGGUCGAGGCAGAGGAGAAUGUCAACGGUGAAAGUGUGCAGAAGGAGAUGAACACGGAGCGUCGAUUCCAGCAGGUGCGAGCUGUCUUCUCUGGACUUGCACUCGCCAUGGGUAUCGUUGGACUUUGGGGCGACCGUCGGCCUUCCAUUUAA